UGUGGACUGUCCUAGACGGAAAGUGUUACGAGUGAGGACGGACUUGUAGAAAUACCAACACAUAAUUUCUUACCCUAAAACCCUUAAAUCCUUUGCCUUCCCAUUACAAUAAAAAAUUCCAGAAACGGAAAUUAGCACUCGAGAGUUGAGACUCUGAAUAAAGCGUGAAACAGAAAAUCACCUAUUCAAUUCCCUAUUCCAAAAAUUCUUCAAUUCCCAUUCCGAUUUCGUUACGGAAAUUGACUUCUCACACUUCUAUCUCAUAAAUCACCCACAAAUGUUCUAUCUUUCCAUUCUCAGCGAGACACCCAGAUUGGCGGCUGUGGAGGUCUCAUGGGUACGGGUGGUCUCUGUUCCAAUACUGAAUUCCGGAAUAAGGAAAAACAUACCUGGAGCUCAUGCUCCCCCAGUGGAGGCAUGAUCCAAAAAACACAGAUAUAAGCAGUCUAUGAUCACGGUGCAAAGUGGCUGUUUCCUUUUGUUUGAAAUGGUGACACCAAUGCACUAUGUUCACAUUGUGGGAUAAGGGAAAGAUGUUCUCAAUAUAUGCCUGGUCAUUAAGCAUAAAUCUGAAAUCUCUGUGAAGGUGUGUUGGCCAUGCUCUAUGACAUAUUGUUUCUUUGAUAUAAAUCUCAAAAACUAAUUAAAAAAGCAGUGAAAUUUCAUUUUGAGACAAGAAAGAAGCAAAAUUAUGUAGCUCUAUUGAUAGCCAAUCAGUUAGAAAUUUGGACCUCCGCCUGUUGCAUUAUCAGUUGCCUCUCCAACAUAUCGUCUGAUCCUCGCCACUCGCUUUUCCUUUUGCACCCCAAAUUUUUCUGGUUCUAAUUGUGUAUAUGUCAAUGGAGAAGAUUUUUGGUUCGCUGCUUUGGAAAGGCUGGAGAAUUUUAGAACAAUUAGCCCCUGCAGAGGUCACUGAGCACUCAUAUUUAAUUGAGCUUGAAGGCUGUUUAUCCCUUGUUGCUAUGGACGACGAAGAUGUAACUGUUGAUAUAUGGAUUUUAAGAAACUUCGAGCACUACUUUAUCUUACAUAAGACUUGGGGGGAGCUUGAUCUUGCUGAGAAUUUUGGCUGGAAUACUUCGGUUGUGUUUACGUAUACAGAAAGCUUCUCCAAUGCCGUGGUCACUUGGAUCCAAAGCAUAGGACAAGUUUGGUCAAUGAAGGAGAAGAUGAUCUUUUCGUGGUUGCAAUCAAUUACCUCUCAUGUUUUCCUUCUGUUUGCUAAUUUUUCUUUCCAAAUUUCUUAUACCAUUUUUUAUUGUGAACAACAAGGGUGGUAGAGAUGAAAAUUUGACAGUGAUUCAGGGUUUACAUGUGUGGUAGAGAUGAAAGUUAGACAGUGAUAUGCACUAUUUGUCUUUGCUUACCUAACCAUGAGGAGUUGCUCAUUAUUGUGAACUUUUGAUGAAUGGUGGUGUCUGCGUUGAUUUGUCUUUGUGCUGUUUUGAAUUGUGAUUCUGCAGUUUAUUGAUGCAAGAUAAAAAAAAAAUGGUUCUUCUCAUAAGAGAUUAUUACAAAGGUGAAUGUGAUGUAAAACUAUUUGCAUAAUAGGAGACUACUGCCUGAAACAGGCUCAUCUUUUUUACCCCCUAUGUUCUAUGCAUGCUGGCUGUUACGAAGAAAUGACAGAUAUGAUAAUUGAUGUCUUAUUAUCUAUGCUUGAAGCCUUGAAUGGUUUCCUGUGGAAAAUAUACUAGCUGUUGAAUCAUUAUGCUCUGAGAUCAUGCAGCUGUCUGCAUUUACUUUGCAUUAGACAUUAAACUCACUCAAUUAUUUUAGUCGUGGGACCAAAGAAGAAAUAGGAUUUCAUGUAUGACUUUUGGAGUGCUAAAUUUAGAAAGAAGAAGAAGAAGAAAGUCUUGAAGUUUGCUGAAUAAUGUCCGUCGCUUGUGUGGGGCAAGAAAGGUUUAGCAUACUGUGCUAUAACUCUUUAUUUGUAGGACCGAAGAUAGAAAUCGGGAGUUCUUUGAUGGCUUUCAGAGUAUUAAAUUCAAAAAGAAGAAGAAUAAAGAAGGUCUGAUAUUGGUUGAAUGUUUUUGGUUGCUUCUGUGUGUGGGAAGCAAGAAAAGUCGAUAUUGGCUGAAUAUGCUGUGUUUUUGCGUGCAUGACGUAAAACCAUUUUUUUUAAGGCAUUGUUGUCAUCUUGCUUUGCGAUAUUUAAGCUUGUCUGAUUCAUAGUUUUCAUUCGUGUUGACAGAGAUAUAUUCUUUGUUUUCUUUCAAUGAUUGAUUAACACAGCUGUUUCAACAUUUUUUUUUUCCUGAUAUUGAGUAAUUUUCCUUGUAGAAGCAAGUGAAUUUGGCAGCCCGUUGGGAUUGGCUUUUCUGUUGUUCUGCAUGCGCUUCUAGUGACAGACUGCGAGUCCAAUCAUUCAUCCUAUGACCUAUCAAUAAAGCAGGAGGUUUUUUUUUCUCCCUUCUGUAGGAACUGCAUCUCAUGGAAAAAAAUUGCUGUAUUUCUGUUACACUCAUUUGUUGUGGUCAUUAGAAGGAUAAUAAAGUUUAAAUGUUUUCUAUCUUCGUAGUAGGGAUCCGUGGGUGACCAGUGGACCAUUUUGGUGCAAUAAUUUUUUUAGAAAAAUCAUAAAUGCGUAGUAUUUUGCAUAACAAAUCUAACGAUAUUUUGUUUGUUCGAACAAAAAUCAAAUUUAUCGCGAACGAAAUAUUGAAUAUUUUGAGUUUAUAUCUGACAGUUAGAAUUGCCAUGAUUGACCACGAUGAAUUGGAUUUUUGUUUCGAACAACAAAUAUAUCGUUGGAUUCGUUAUGCUAAAUACACACAUUUAUGAUUUUUCCAAAACAUUUUGGUGCACCGGUCAUAGUUAUGCACAGGUCCACCCCCCCAAUCUUUGUGGUGACCGUAAUAUGGGGUGUGUUGAUCUUUUAUCUUUUGCUUGUACUAAAAUUGAUAAAGAAAUGUGAUAAUUUCACCCAGGGAAUUGGGUCAUUGGGUUGAAAA